CUGUAGUCACAAGAGGGCGCUAUUGUCAAUGGAAUUCACCGCGCAGUGGCUCCAAUUCAUUUUACAGAGGAGAGGCUGAAACCGGGCCCUGCAGUUUUUCUCAGGUUGAAAUAAUGCGCUGAAAAAAAACAAUGUUUAAACGCUAACGUCGCAGUUAGAAGUCCCUGUGCAGUCUUAUUUAUGAUACAGCGGGAGGGAAUAGUGUAAACUAAGCUAACUGUAGACAUUAAUCCUCAACAGGAUUGGUUUGAAGUUGGUGGUGAAAGUUGGAAUGAGCCUGAAUGCAGUUUGCAGCGGCUUUUGUGGCAAAGUUGUUAAAAUAAAUAAACAGUCUUAGGUAUCAAAUGAAGUACGACCGAAAAUAACCGUGUCCAGGCCAGGCCCGGUUUUGUUUGUGUUUUUGAACCAUGGCAACAUUUUGUUGGUGGAUACAGUGGGUGCCAUUUAUGCAGCCACUGAAUAAAGAUGGCCACUCAGGACCAGUCAACUUCAGAUGAAUUUCAGGAGCGACUUCAAGCUCUGACAGCGGAAAAUCCUCAGCUACGAGACAAAAAUGAACGGCUUUUCACCAAAGUGGGCUACCUGGAGAGCAGACUGGGCCACCUGGCCAGCUCCAACACAGAUCUGUCCUGCAGGCUGGUCCAGAGUGAAGAGGAAAAACUGAAGAUAUCUAAAGAGCUUGUGGAGGAGAAAAUUCAGACCAACAAGAUGAGAGAGCACUUUGAGGAGGAGAUGUUUGAGCUGAAAAACAAGAUACUGAACCAAGACGGCGUGAUAGCAGAGCUCGAGAUGGACCGAGACAAGCUAUCGAGGGAACUCCAGUCAGCUGAGGCUCGUCUGAGAGUGGGAGAGAAGAGCGGUCAAGACCUGACAGAAGAGUAUAACACUCUGAAGAAGAACUACCUGGUGCUGGCUGAGGCCCGUGAUAAAGAGCUGGCCCAGAGUGAGGAGCUGAGUGCUGAGCUGCUGGCACUGGCCCAGGCCCAGGACGCCCUCCGCAGGCAGCUGGCGGAGCAGCAGCAGAGCGUCAAGACUACCACCCAGGGCCUUCAUGGAGAGCUGGACAGGGUGCAGGUCUUGAUCAGACGCAUGUCAUGUAACAGGGUCAAGCCUGAGGAUCUGGCAGCACUGGACAAGGAGCAAAAAACUAUGGAAAAAACACUUCUUGGGAACCAAGAUGAGAUCAAAGACAUGUUGGAGAAAAUGAAGAACAGUUACGAGGAGCAGCAGAAGAAACUGGAGGAGAAAGUGGUGGCUAUGGGUAAAGAGCAGCAGGAGAACAAGAGAGCCAUCCAUAAUAGCCAGCAGAAAGUAUCUGAGCAGAGUGCGGCCCUGAUGUGCUCUCAGAGCCAAGUGAAGGAGGUAGAAGAGCAGAACUCAAAGCUGCAGCUUCAAGUCAAAGAGCUGAAUGAGGAAUACCGUGCAAGGCUGGUGUGCUAUAUACAGGACAUAGCUGGCUACAUUGAUGGGCUUGGAGAUGGUAAAACUCCUUCAGAGGGAACUAAGAUGAGGGCGUUUGUGGAAAGCAUGCUUCAGGAUGUGCGUUCAUCCUACAGGGUCAGGGAGGAACAGCUCGCCUCUGCUGCUCGCUCCUUUAAGAAGAGACUACAGAAGAUCACCAAGAGCCAUCAUGCCCUCCUUAUUGCAUACAGGGUUCAGAGGGAGCAGAUGUUGGCCAAACCAGAGAGCGGUCUUGACCCUGGACCUCCAGAGGCCCACUUCAGCCUGGAGCCCACUGAGCUGAGAGAUGAAACUGAGAAGGAGCUGCAGCACCUUCGUCAGGACAAGGCGAGGCUGGAGGGUCAGCUGCUGGCGGCCCAGGAGCAGGUGGCUGCCCUCAGAAUACCCGUUCAGAACUUAAGCUGUCAGGAGCCGGCAAGACAGGAGCAGACAUGUGAGGAUUCCUGGCCGGACAUAAGGAAACAGCUGAAGGAAAUCACAGACUCUACACUGGUGAGCUCUGAGAAGGAGCGCGCCCUUCUCAUCACCAGAGCUGCAGUUGCAGAGGCGCAGGUGUUGGAGUUGCAGGACUAUAUUGACAACCACCUGGGCAGGACCCCCUCCCUGAGAAAAGUGUCGCCCGCCUCCACACUCAUACACCAUGUCCACCCUGUCUUGAUUGAUUUUCAGUGCGCAUUUUGGAAGGGAUUACAGCCAUCUGCAGGCUCUUGAGGAACAAAGGAGGCUCCUCGCUCUCCUGCCUUCAGUACUUCAGAGGGAUAACAUGGCCAGAUAAACAUGCUCUUGCACCGCUCUACACUUGUUCUCUAUUCUGCCUUGACCUCUCAACCCACCCAAACUGCCCACUCCACUUUAAAGCUGACCACGUUUCUCUCUCCCUCUGUCACCCUGCUCGGUGAAUAGAGGUUACUCUUUACGCAUCGCUUGCUCGCUACAGAAAGACCAGUACGAGUUUGUGCCUUACGAGACUUACUGCGCCGAGGAGGGUAAAGUAGGAGCAGGGCGCGAAGAAGUGCGUGGCUCGAUAAUGGCUGGCAUUUCCCUUGCAUGAGAAUUAGUGCAUAGCAAGUUAUCGUGUUCUCAGACCUGAACAUUCACAGUUUCCAUUUGUGAAUCAUCACUCCCAGCUGUGCGAGAGUGUUAUGGGAACCAGAAAUCGUCAGCUGGGAUUCUGGGAUGCCAAAGUGUGGUCGAGAACGUCAUGCACUGCUGCACUCUCAGCUGGUGCUGAGCUGAUGGAGACGCACCAGGAUGGGCAGCCACCGAUGUUUGGUUGGAUUACCAGCAUUUGUUUAUGUGGAAACAAACCCACAGCUGUUUCUCCAUCACUUCUUACUAAUAUUGUUCAUGCAGAAGCUGCACAGAAGCCCCGUGACAUUCUCUUUCCCCCUGUGGCUUUUUACGUAAUCUCAUACACUAUGGGUUAAAAGCACGUACACCAAAUCAACAGAGACACUCAUAUUUACCUUUAAAUUUUAAAGUUAUCUUUAAUAAAUAGGGCUUUAAAGAUGGAAAUUGUGUAUUUUAAUGGGAACCUUGGAUUGUUAUGUCUCAUCCUGAAGUGUUUGAGGAACAGUUGGAAUGUAAACUGUCAAAGCAAAUACCGAACACGAACCUCUUUCUCAUCUGCCACUCAGCAACGAGAGGGAAAUCACUGGAAAAGGAAAGCAGUGGAAAAGCUGCAGAGAUUCAGUCAUUCAGAAACCUCAAGUAUCUUUUGGCACAAGGCGAGAGAUUUGAGAUUCAGAGUGUAUGUAGAAGUGUAUGUCAGGGCAUCGCAACCAAUGUUUUGGUUCCACAACAGCGCUACAACCCGGCAGCUGUGGACCAUGCUGUGGGAAAGACUGGAUGAUGAAGCCAUGAAUCAGUGAGAGAGAGAGAGAGAGAGAGCCAGGUGAAGGAUGAGUGUGAGAAGCUGUGAGAGAGAUCAGGCUGUAGAACAGGGAUGAACACGAGGGGGGUAUUUUGAAGAAAAUGAGUGGAUGUUCCUGUGGACACCCAAACGGGAAAAAAACUCUUCAGAUUUGACUAAUUGAGAACAAACAGAAUAAAAAGCUGAUAGAAAAACAAGGAACUUGAAUAUUAAUAGGCUUGUAUCAGUUUGGACACAAGUCUAAUUUUGCAGGUCUGAUUUAUGAAUCUUUAUAUAGUUGAAUAACAAGCACAGGACCUGUGUGCUAGGUGUGGUGUUGUUGUGCUGGACUACAAGGGAGUGUCCAGGAGCACUUUGCCCCCGUCUGCCCCUCUCAUCUCUCGAGCUUUGUCUCUGGCCACUUCCCUCAAACUCCCCCAGGGACUGACGGAAGUCCACACCCAACAACUCUCCCAUCGCUUUGGCUUCCACUUUCCUGAGUGUUUCCCGCUUUGCUGUGUCCAUACCUCACCUCAGCCGCACAACAGGACAUAAUAAAGAGAGGAGCAGGGUGGAUGGUGGAGGAGGGUUUGUUGUGUCUUUGGCGUUCCGCAAAACCAAUGAAAAUCCCCUCAGCGCUGAACAAGCGCACGCCUCAUUACCAGUGUGCAAUAUAAUCAGAAGUUCGAAUCCACCACAGAAAAGUGUUUUCAGGACCUUGAUCAAACCUUCUGUUGACACAGUUGAUUUAAAAUAUUUUUUCUGUUUUAUCUGGAUUGUACUCAGUGUAAUUAACUGUAAUGGCUUUAAUAGCAAGUGCUAAACCAAACUGUGUCACUGUUGCUACACUGACAUUCAUACUGCUGUUUUUAGGGGUUCAUGCUGGGGUCACAAAGAAAUGACAACAAUGCAGGAAGUUGAGCUUUGUCAAAAUGUCACAUGAUGUAUUAGUUGAGGGAGUAUAAUUUGAGUGCUCUUUGUUUUGGCUUUAUCAGCCCUGCAGCAGUAACCUCAGAUGGACUGGAAGGGAGGGGGGCAGAGGAGUGUCCGUGUGUACAGGGUUGAGCAGCUCGGGGGCCCCCAGCUACGGGAUGUUUUAAAGGAGCACUGAGGCAGUAAAUAGCUGGGGAGGUUGGAGGUUCACUCACACAAACUACCGAUGCAGUGGCAAACCAGUGUCAGGGUUUCUAUGGGAGAUAGCUGGCCAGACAUGGUAGGCAUGUCGAGCUUUUGUGAUUCUUUUACAUUUAACCUAAACACCAUGUAAAUUCCCCAGCUGCUCUUUUACUGCGUGCAGUAAAUCUGAGAUUUUACAGAGGUGUGUGCAGUACAAGUUUAUGCAGAAUUUUGCAAGAAGGAGAAACAGGUGGUGAAUUUAUCAUAUAGGUCCAGUGAUAUGGGUGUUUAUUAUCUACCCUCAUCUGUUCGAAGCAGAAAAUGUACCAUAGUCAGCCAUGACAGGUAACAGAUAUAUAGAUUAAGUCUAAACUUUAGCUCCAGGCUGAAGGGGUACGGUGGACCAGAGUGGAAAACAGAUUUGGUUUGAUUGUGUCUUUGUGUACACGUGGUCAGGAUAAAGUGAGCGACUGUGUGGCACCUCAGCUCAGCUGAGUCUGCCAUGCCGCUCCCUUAAUGGCAAUUUAUUGCUUCCUGAAUCCUGAAAAUGGGAGGCUGAGGACAACAGAAUUCCAACCACUGUUUUCUACCUCCUUCCCCGUCCAAACGCCCUCAGGGUCCUAAACACUCCCUAAAUCUCUCUGCCUUUUAGGCCCUCUCGCUCUCUCCGGCACGCCAUUUGUUCUGCGCUUUCAGGGAUCUGAUUCAUGGGCACUUGAAGUGACUUAUGUCUGAGAAAAGUUUACCAUGGUAGAAACGUUUGGAGCCACAUACUCUAAU